ACCUUUCACAACACUUGUCUAGUGCUUUUUGUGUUCAAAGCACUAAACAGGCAUAAACUAAGUGAUUAAUCCUCAUAACAUCCCUUAUCAGGCAGUGGGGUAAGCAGCUUCAGUGAACAUCUGGCUUGGUAAUAUGAAGAAAAGUCCUCGACUGUUUAAACUAGUUAGAUAGGAACAAGUGUAUUUGGCUAAAUGAAUCCCACAUCAAUAAAGUUACACUCAAGAUGGUUUUGGCUGGGUGUGUGUAAGGUGAGAGAAGGGGUGUCAGAGUUCCAGAGACUCAUUCAAGUUACUGAAACCGGGUUUUUAAAUCAAUUGAAACUAUACAGGGAACAGCAGACCUUUCCGUUGACAAUGGACAAUAACUAUAACAAAUGUGCAAAAUCCCCAUGAAGUAAGGGCUGGAAUAGCCAGAUGUACAAUAUAACUGACCUUAAAAAACAUGCACCCAUUGUAACCGACUGUGCAUAAAUGCUGAUCUCAUCCCUCCCUGUCCCCAAAGUAACUGCAGCCAUGUAGUGGUGAUGUGUUCCCUGAUUCUGUAUGCUGCAUUUUAAUGCAGUUCCUUGUAGCCAGUUAUGCGUUGAUAUGUUUUGUACAAUUUCCCCUCAGAGGUAGGGAAGGAAAACAAGACCCCUAACCCCGACUACUUUGUGUAGAGCGUAGGAGUUUAGGGAAGAUCCAUUUAAUCAGGCAGAGACAGAACUGACAUUUCAGGCAAUUGUAGCCAGCGUGUGGGGGCUCCAUGCACAUUUCUCUUAGGAAGUGGCAGUGAGAGGCUAGCAGGAUUGCGGCAGCUUGGUACUGCUCCAGUGGUUUGUCCAGGGAGCGAUUCAUGUUUCCCCUAAGGCUGCCUCUCAUUAGCAUGAACCAGAAGGAAGGGCAUAAAAGACUCCAGUUCAUUUAGAGUCUGGAAAAGGUUUCCUUCAACAUGACAACCAAAGCAUUCUUGCUCUUCUGUUUUGUCAUGGGAUCAUCGUCCAACUUGGUGGCAGGAUACCUGCCCUAUAUUGGAAAACCCAUUCGAGCACUCAGCAAGGAUGGGUACAGUGCAGCAGACUCGACACCAAGCCAAGCUAAGUUCCCAUUUAGAGGCAGCAGUGGUGGUGAAGAGAAUCAAACAGAACAUUGGUUGCUGUCUCCAGCUAACCUCCAGUGGCCAAAAGCUGCUGACAUCCUCUCAGUCUCACCAGACAAAAAGAAAAAGUCCAAGACCUCAGUGGAAAACAAUACAGGGCUGAGGAAAGAGCCUCACCAGGAUGGCAGGGUCCUGGCUUCCGAGAGCCACAUGGAGGGACCUCCUUCUGCUUCCUUUGAAUUCAGUCAUGCAAACAGAAGGCAUGCAGAUAGGUUUCAGUCCGAGGCAGCGAACAGCAUCUCGGCACACUUCCACCGUAGAGCAUUUUCCCAUUAUAAAGGCAGAUCCUUGACUUUAGCUGAGAUGCAUCCUUUCCAAGACACAGGGACAGUUGAGACAGAAGAUCCCAAUAUGGUGGAUCACCUUAACCGACCUGGCAAGAUGAAUCCCUACAAACAGCAUGACCCUAUAAGAAACAUCAGCAAGCCCUCCUGGGUCACCAACCGCCAGUCAUCUAGCCUGCUGUAUCACUUCAACGUGCUGAAAAAAGUUCUAGAUGCUGACAACAAGGAGAAGGUGUGCCUGACGGAGUGCAGGAGGGAGAGGGAUGAAGCAGAGGCUUUCUGUGUGAGUGAAUUUGCAGUGAAUGGGAUUGUUCAUGAUGUGGAAACACUGGAGAAAGGAGUCCACCUUGUUACACUCUUGGUAAAUAGCGACGGAUUAUACAAGAUGAGUCGCCUAUAUAUCACCCCUGAUGGCUUCUUCUUCCGAGUUCACAUUCUCAUUGUGGAUGCUUUAAACUGCAGUAAACCAUGUCCAGAUUUUAAACUUGGAAGUAGAUAUAUUGUGAUGGGUCAGAUCUACCACAAGAGACGGCAGCUACCUGCACCUCUGCUGCAGUUCCUGAGAGGUCGUCUGCGGCCAGGAGAUGGGCUGCUAAGGAGCGGCAGCAACUAUGUAAAAAGAUUCAACAGGAAGAGAGAUCGUAAAGUUCAAGGCGCAGCUCACACCAAGUGUAGAUGAGGCUACAGUCCUAACUGCUUUACUAGGGCAUAAGCAGCACGGGCAGUCAGCUAGCAGAACAAAACUGGUCUCUACUUUAAUUGAGUCUGACCUUCCUUCCAUAGUAAGAAUCCUUUUAGAGGGUACAGCUCAGCUCUUGCUUAAUUCUGUCUCCAGUACUGAUGAACACCUGAUUUCUAAUAUAGUUUAUAAAACAAUGUUUCUUUCAAAGGUUCUGAUUAUAUACAGAUACUAUUAUAGUCUGCCAAAAAAAAAAAAAAAAAGCCUAGAAAUCAAACCUAUUCACUAACUGUAGAGAACACAAGCUGGUUAGUGGAUUUAAAUCUCUUUAAAUAUGGUUCUAAAGUAAUGUUAUCUUUUUUGUAAUACACAAUUUAAAUCCUAAUAUUUUGAUUAUUUUUAGAGCUAAAUUCUUUUGUCAGCACCUCUUAUGUUUAUCAGGAGUAACUGGAGUCACUCUGGCUUUACACCAGUUUAACUGAAAACAGCUGCCUCUUAUUGCUUAGAUUAAUAUUCAAAUCGGUGUAUUUCAUAGUAUUAAAGUUCAGUGCAAUGAGAUUUUAAAAAAGAACAUUCAACCCCUAAAUCUGUAAUGUGUUGCAUGAUCAUUUGUAGCUCAAAGGCUGCACAGCAUAAAUAUGUAGACAUUUGUUUUGAAACACUAUCAAAGGAUUUAUCAAAUUAAGCAUUCUGACAAAAUAACAUUUUUGCAGCACUUUGGUUUCCUCAAAGUACAUAAUACUGUUUUUUAAAACUAUGAAAACAAUGUAUAAUUAUACUAAUUUUUGUCAAAUAUAAGGGACCAGAUUUUUCUUGUCAUUUAGAAACAUGUUCAAAAUACAUAUGCCAUAGCACACCUUAUUGGAGCUCACACAUAUGUUUGGAGAUUGAUCCAUUUAUUGAUUCCAAGGCUAGAUGGCACAAUUGUGAUCAUUUAAUUUGACCUCCUGCAUAACACAAGCCAUACAACUUCCCCAAAAUAAUUCCUAAAGCUUUUUCUAAAACAUCCAUUCUUGAUUUUAAACUUGUCAGUGAUGGAGAAUCUACCAUGACCCUUGAUAAAUUGUUCCAAUGUUUAAUUACUCUUUUAAAAAUUUAUGCCUUAUUUCUUUAAUUGAAUACAAAGCAUGCAAAAAUAGCCAAUUAGUAUGUGUAUAGUUAUCUAUUUGCAUGUACAAAUUAUGGUACCGAGGCAUGCAAAUCAGUCAUGCAAUUGCAUACACAUUUUGCAUGCCUAAUUACUCUUCUGGAGUGGAUGUUCAACCCUGAAACUACUGAGUGUAUUUGGUAUAAUUUUUCUAUGAAGACAAAUGUAUGAGGUUUAUAUCUGCAAAACAGUAAAGCUACCUUUGGAAUCA